GCUGGUGAUUUGCAGCCCAGCGCUCACCUGGUGGUGCUGCCAGGCUCCUGUAUGGGUGAAGUAGGAGCGCUUCUUGUACUGAUCCAGAAAACGAGGCACAGAGACCUGAAGUCCGGACACCAGGACAGAGCAGGGACAAAGCAACACUUGAGACUACAGAGCCAACUGCUCCUAAGCCAGUCAUGUCUGAGGGACCAUCAGUCUGGGGACAACUGAUACAGGAAGCCUCCAGGGACUCCCGGGUGGGGCCGUUGGAAAUACAGGAACGACACACAGAACCAGAGAGAGACCCUCAGAAGGAACAGCUCCCUGGAAAAAUGAGCCUUGACUCUGAUGACUUGGUGACAGGUGGUGCUUGUUCAAGGACUCUACAGGACCAAGUCUCUCCAGAACAUACUCUUCACGAUGGGGACUCACAAGGACUAGCUAAACAGGGUAUGGCUCACGAAGAGAGCGAUCCCUAUAUUUGCAGGGAAUGUGGGAAAGUGUUUCACACCAGACACUUGCUAACUCAACAUGAGCAGAUUCACUCUGGAGUGAAGCCCUUUGAGUGCACAGAGUGUGGGAAAACGUUUAGCAAGAGCACAACCCUCCUUCAGCACCAUGUCAUCCACACCGGGGAGAAGCCCUAUGAGUGCACAGAGUGUGGGAAGGCCUUCAACCAAAGGGCACACCUUACCCAGCACCAGCGGAUCCACACCGGGGAGAAGCCCUAUGUGUGCACUGAAUGUGGAAGAGCCUUCACCCACCAUUCCACUUUUGUCCUGCAUAAGCGGAGCCACACAGGAGAAAAACCUUUUGAGUGCAAGGAGUGUGGGAAAGCCUUUCGUGAUCGGCCAGGCUUCCUAAGGCAUUACACCAUCCAUACUGGAGGGAAGCCCUACGAGUGCAGUGAAUGUGGGAAGGCCUUCAACCACAGGUUCCAAAUUGUACGGCACCAGCGGAUUCACUCUGAAAAGAAGCACUUUGAGUGUAUCGAGUGUGGGAAGACCUUUAACUACAGGUCUUAUCUGGCACAGCACCAGCGGAUCCACACCGGGGAGAAGCCCUAUGAGUGCACAGAGUGUGGGAAGGCCUUCAACCAAAGGGCACACCUUACUCAGCACCAGCGGAUCCACACCGGGGAGAAGCCCUACGAGUGCAGCGAAUGUGGAAGGACCUUUGCGCACCUCUCCACUUUUGUCCUGCAUAAGAGGAGUCACACCGGGGAAAAGCCCUUCGCCUGCAAGGAGUGUGGGAAAGCCUUUCGUGAUCGGCCAGCCUUAUUUCGUCACUACAGCAUCCACACCGGAGAGAAGCCCUAUGAGUGCAUUGAGUGUGGGAAGGCCUUCAACCGAAAGUCACACCUCACUCAGCACCAAAGGGUUCACACAGGGAGAAGCCUAAUCAGUGUGGCAGAUGUAGGAAAACCUCUCAAGAGUGAGCAGGCCUCAGUCAAAAUGGAAGGAUUGCUAUUGGGAACAGACUCUUUAAAUGUAACUACUGAGGCAAAUCUUUGGCCAGAGGACUCAUCUUACUCAGGUUCUGUUAAUUCGUGACAAAGGAAAAGUUCCCAAGCAUUCUGUCAUGCACCAUUACUCCUAAUCUAAGAGUCCUACUAGAACUUGACCGACCUGAAGUCUGACUAUACACCUGAACGUUUAUCCAGGAGAGAGACCUUGUGGACACUGUGCAACGAGGAAAACGUUCCGCCAUGUCUCUGUUCAGGCAUUCUGCAAUGCUAUCUCAGGAACAUGUAAACCAAUAAUGAGGAAGCAGAGGCACUAUGGAAAAGAAAGGGAAACACCUCAUUUUUCGGAGUUCUCAGGCAUGCCUGUUACAGUGUGUCAGUGAUGCCUUCUUUGAGGAUAAAGGGUUUCAUCCCUAUUAUACUUCCACUGCUCGCAAGCCAGUGGUGCUUAUCAGUUGGAGGCAGGUCUGACAAUUUUGUCAAAAUACUUUUUUGCUUUGCAACAUUUUUGUACCCUUAGAUACAUAUAUCUUUAUGAUAAAUGUGAAGGCUUAAGUUGUGCAGUAGCUUUUAUUUAAAGAGAUAAAGAUACACAUACAAAUGGCCAGAUUGUAAGGACACAAAAGUUUCUUCAAGUAGUUAAAAUUGCCUAACAUUCAUUUUUUUUCAAAAUCCCGAUAGUGGGGUGUUUUGCCCCUUUCUGUAGAAGGGGGUGACAGUAUAGCCCUUCCCAGACGACCAGGCCUUCUUUUUUCACUGAGAUUUUAAAACGUCCUGUAGGAACACUUCUCCGAGUCUGUCUUUGGCCUUUUGUAGAGAUUGUACUACAACCCAAACAAAGCAUAUAGCUAAGUUAAAGGGUCAUGAUAAACUUGUGGGGGUGGGGGGAAAUCCAGAAAGAAUCCUAUUUUACAUCUUAUCAAAUAGAGUGAAGAUUAGCUUUCAAAGUGAGUGGCUACAGAAAUGGAAAAUCAAAAUCCUCAGUUUUACAUGGAAUGAUCAAACUCACAGACCAAGCAGACUGCCCAUUAUCAAGUUGAUCCUGAAUCCUAGCAACCCCAGGAAACUGUUUUGGAGGCUAAAUCUGUGCAAGAGCAGACAAGCAGCUUCUCGUUCAGAUGCAGGAGUUAAUGGGCUUGAACCAUUGACUUUGCAGUUAGCAGCCCAGUGCUAACCUAAACUACACCAGGGCUCCUUACAGAAAAAUGAGACCCCCCAAAUCCAAAGCACUUUUGAAAAACAGCAGCAAAGGAACCUCACUUUUGACUUUAAAACAUAUUCCACAACUACAAUAGUCAGCCAGCACUGGGUUAAUGUCAGACACAUAGACCAAUAGAAAAGAAUUGAAAACUCAGAAAUAAAUCCAAACAUCUCUAGUCAGUUGAUUGUCAACAGGCAAUUCAAACUUAUUUAAUGGAGCAGAAAUAGUCUCGAGUAAAUGGUGCUGGCAAAAGUGGAUUUCCACAUGCCGAAAAAUGUAAUAACUCAUACUUCACACAAUACAUAAAAGGAAUUCAAACUGGCUCAAGGAUGUAAAUGUUAAACUUACUCUGCAAUAAAAAUGAGUUCCCCUCAAUAUCUUAGAUUUACAGGGGUCCUGAAACUUUUUAAACAGAGGACCAGUUCACUGUCUCAGACCCGU